AUGGCACGGACAGAGGUCCAGCCGCUGGGAGGGAUGGUCAGGUUUGCUGUUGCACUACGGCUGGAGGUGAGCGGCGAGGACGAGACGCUAGUGCGGAUCGGGGUAUACGCAGCUGAAGGUGAGCGGAUGACGCCACCGGACCCAAACGCCCUGCUCGCUGAAGCAGAGUUUGUGCUUGUACCGAGCCAGCUGGUGGCCGGGACGACUGUCACAGCACCUGCAGUGGCACGCAUCGGUGGCGAGAGUUGCGGCCAGGUGGAGUCGUCGUCGGCGGUACUUUUGCGGACGGCAUCGUCCGGUGUACUCCACAUCACCGAGUCGCUCGUUGUCUCCCAGUACUGCUUUGACAUCCCAUUCCAGCUGGCUCUGCUCCUUUUGGACGAGGCCGUGAGUGCGUUUGAAUUGGAGAUCGACGGUGCGGUCAAGGUCAUCAACGGAGCAGUCGCCAGUCGUGGCGAGCUUCCAGCCGGAGUUGUUGAGCGAGUGCAGGCGACACGUGACCGCGUGCUCACACUCGCCAACUACCUGGAGCAAGGGCAGAAGCAUCCCCUUCAGACCAGCGUCCAGUUCAAACCGUCGACGCUUAAGAGUGCCCCAGAGCUUGCACUUGUGCCAACCAACCUGCACGUGCAGAGCAUGGAAGUGGUCAGCGACGAUGGGGGGUGCGAAACGACGGUGACAACAACGGUCGGGGCCUUUGCCGCCCACAUCUAUGGAUUCAAGACUGGUGGUAUCCGGCAAAUGCUGGAGGGAACGCCCAAGGCAGUGACGCGGCUACGGGUGGCAAGCCGUCGUGAUGUGGCGUGGUCUCAGGCUUUGACGGCAGCGAUCACCUCGUUUGCCCAGCAUCUCGAGUGGGCUGUGGCAAAGAACUCUGGUGCGAUGGGCCUGGCGGCGCUUCAGCAGCUGGAAGCACUUGGAUUUCUGUUCCAAGUUGAGUCGCUGCUCUCAACACAAGGCAAGGAGCUGGGUAUGCUCGGUGACAUGGACGAUGCGAUCCGGGCGCUUGCCGGCGUCACGUUUGUGGUGCAGCUUAAGGGCGUGAGUGCAAGUGUCGAGGAGCGCUGCAGAGGUCAGGGAGGUGCUGUCGUUCUCGAGGUGAGCCGCAGCUGUGGUGGAUCGAGCCUGGGCCGGAGUGAGCCACGGGUUGGACUUAAUCUUGACGUUGUACUCCAGAUUGAGGUUGACGCAAGAGUCCUGGGCGGCAUCGGUGGUGGGCUCGAGGCUGGCGGAGGGGUGCUCCGGGUUGAGACAGUGCCUGUGCUCUUUACGCAGGGAAUCAACGAGAUGCAGACAAUGGCCAACUUGCUCGGCGGCUCUAAGCUACAAGAAGAUAUCAAUGCCGAGUCGCUGUCGCGGCUCCAGUCGUUCUACUCCCGGUGGGUCAAGUACCACUUUGGCGGCGAAGCGACAAGUGUUGCAAUGAGGGUCCUUCCGGAGCUGAGCGAGAUCAACGCGAGCAUGCAAGGGCUGGCAGACGAAGUGCAGUCGUCGCGGUCGGAAAAGAACGCCCAGAUUCUGACUCGGGCGGCGGAUUUGACUCGGACACUGCUAGGUGGCCGAGUCACGGUGUGCAAGUCUGCCAAGGACCGGACUUCCAUGUCUGUGACGUUCGAGCAGUCACGAGUCCUUCAGCAGAAGCACGCGCUCGUGGACGGAGUCACACCCGAGACGCUGAUGCGGGCUCAUGGGGUCCGUCGCGACAACGCCUUCCUCAACAUCGGGCGGCACUCUUAUGCGUUUAAUGCGUUGCAAACGUUCCUGCUCCCGUCGGCGUACAAGCCACCGUCAGGGACAGGCGGAGCGCUGGUGUCGUGAGCCGCAGUCUCAGUUCAUGCCGGCAGGUAGGCAAGUGUUGUCUCGAUGGCAAAGUGGUCAGACGGCCAAUGAUCGUGGUAGGGGGCGUCGCGGCCUGCGCGAUCCGGUGGCGAGACGUCGAGCUGGCCUGGUGUCCAACGCGGGGAACAAGCGAUGUACAUGUGAUCGAUGGUCUUCUGAAUGGGUCCCGAGUCUGAGCGCGAGUUGUGCUGGGUAAAGGUGAUGGCAA